AUGCCGACUGAGUUCUUGCGCGGAUUUCUCUUACUCGCUUUAUUUUCUUUUAUUUUUGAUAGCCACGCCACGACCCAAGAACAUUGUUCCAGUCAAUCAGUUAAUCUAUCUAUCUAUCUAUCUAUCUAUCUAUCUAUCUAUGUGCGUAUUUCCACAUAUAUACGAAGACGGAAAUCAUCUUAUUUUAUAACGUUAUAUGAAUUCCCACUAACUCCCACCAAAUAUAAGAACCAUUUACCCGUCCUUCUACCUGUAGAUUCAGUAGAGAAUAUAAUCUCUCUCUCUCUCUCUCUCUCUCUCUCUCUCUCUCUCUCUCUCUCUCUCUCUCUCUCUUAUAAUUUAUGGCGAAAGUCUGGCUUUCCAUCAGUUUUUGUUUUGCGGUUGACUUGCAAACUCCUUGACCAAUCUGCGAGAAACACUACUGCGUCAUAUAUCUAUACCCACUUAUGUUGUUCGAGAUUCGACAAAGUUCGUAGGCGUCGACGAUGGCGAUUUUGUUUGGAACAGCAUUGGAAAAGAGGUGCGGUGACGGUAGCAGGGGGAGUUGGAGGAGAGGAGACCGGUACAGGAAACAAGCGUCACUUUGUGUCGUUGGACGAACGAACGUACACGGAAACAGCCGAUCGUAUCCGACAUUCACCGGAACUUGAUGUCAAACGAUUCCCUUCCGUACUCUCCGUCUUCACUCACACCGGUCAGCCUCUCUACGCCAAAUCUAUCACAGCUCCACGAAGGCUAUUUUUAAUUUCUUUUUCUUUUCAUUCUUUACACUUUGAAAAAAACGUUAUUUCUUUCUGUUCUUUUUCAUUCAAUUUAUAUACUUUCUUUCACUUUUUAAACGCUGAUCCAGUUGUUUUUCUUUUUUUCUUUUUUCUUCAUUGCUCCACGAUCUCUUUCUUCUUUGUUAUUAAUCUCGAUGGGAAUUCAUUUUUUUUUAUUCUUAUCUCAAUUCUUUCAUUUUUGAUUGUUGUUCUUUUUUGCUCUCCGUUAUUUUUUUGUUUUCUCUAUUUCCUCUAUUUUUUUUCUAAUUUUCCCCAAUUACCUGAUGCUUUCUCUCUCUUUCUCUCUCUUUCUCUCUCUCUCUCUUUCUCUCUCUCUCUCUUUCUCUUCAAGCCGAUUGAUUCCUCUGACUCAACUCACAGCCAUGUUCAAAUUUAUGUCUUCCAUAUAUUUUACGACAAGCUUCGAUGUUAUUCGCACAUAAAACGCCUUUUUGCUUUCUUUUUCCCCAUUGACUUUUUUCCCCUUUUUUAUCUUUCGAUUAAACAUUUCCUGUUAAGGUUUUUUCUUUCCUUUCAUAAUUCCUCUACUUCAUUGUUUCCAUUUUGCCCCUUUUUUCAUUCUCCUUUUUUAUAUUUCCUUGUCUCUCUUUGUCUCUUAUUCACUGUGUGCUUCUUGCUUUAUUUCAGCUUCUUUAUUUCUUUCCUAAAUUGUCUGCUUUUCUUCCUUUUUAUUCUCUUCUUGUUGUUUCUUGUCGCCUUUCCCCAUUUCGGUGUUGAAUUUGUCGUUUCUUUCUCUGUCGCUUUCUUUCACUUCUUCCUCAUCCAUUUUUUUACAUGUUUCUUGGCUUUCUCUCUUUUCUUUUUCUAUCUCUUUUCCCUUUUCACUGUUCAGUCUAAUUCGAGCCUUCAGUUUUCUCGAUAA